CGGGGCGAUGACGUAGAUGCGGACAGUCAACAGACGCACGCACGCACGCACGCACGGUCGGUCCGCACCGGAGCUACACCGGGGCCAAGGUUUCUCUCUUUCUCCCGCUGCCUGUGCGUUUUGGCGAUCUGUUUAACGUCGUUUACACGAGGCGGCCGGAAUACAGUGUUUACACGCAGCAGACGAGACUGUUUGUGGCGGUUUUUGUGCAUAGGAGCGCGCUCCGGAGUGUGACGCUUGUUUUUAUUUGUGUUCACUGCGACACGGAGAGUGACAGAGCAGGACUACUCCUAUUAACAUCUUAAACACACGACUGGAGCCUUAGACAGGCUGUUUCACCUCAGUUCGUUGGCUUAAAGAGUCAGUUUUAGCACUUUAGUCGUCUCGCUGUAGGAGGGCAGGCCGGUGGAGGAAGCCUCAUCAUCAUCAUCACCAUCAUCAUAAUCUUCAUCAUCAUCUCACGCCUGAUUAUUAUAAUCUAAUGUUUCAGAUUUAAAAACAUCUGUAAGUGCUUAACUAAUUCUUAAACACGAUUAGAGGAAAGCAACAGUGUUAAUGUUGGACAGGGACUUUAAGAGCUCAAUGUUGUCAACAUGAUGUGAGAUAUUCUCUUUUAAAGCGGAUUAAACUAAUUCAGAUUGACUUUGAAUGAUGUUGUAGGUGUAUACGACUGUGUUAGGACUGCUAAAGAAAACAAUCAAGACAUAGAAUAGAGUGAAAUGCCUUAUGCAACCCUUUAAAACAUUACCAGCGACUGAAUGAAUGAACUGAAGAAUAUAAAUCAGAGAAAGAUAAGGACCAUUAUUUAUAGACAGCUAUGAUGUGAGGUUUUAGUAUGCAAUGCACUUAAGGAGAUACUGAACUGGGUUUGAGAGGAUUGGAUUGUUUUGUAGGUGUUGAGGGAACUUCUGUUGGUUCCAACGGACAGUGGAGUGUGCUCCAGCUCUUUGGAAAUGAGAAAAUGAAUUGCGAGGAACAGGUUGUAGAUUUGUGCAAUGUGCCUGACACCACUAUAUCACCCCCCACGGACGAGAUCCUUCCCCGUGACGGCCUCCUUCUGACGGAUGGAGACCAGGGCCAACGGGACGCUGACGUCCUGAGCAGGUUAAAAGAUGUCCAUCCCAAGGAUGAGGAUCCCAUGGAGCUCAAAGCACCGCAGAGUAAAAGCAACUGCUCCAUAGCUGUGUCAGCUGACCCUGUUAACGGUUCUGCUGGAGAUCUACAACAGAAUAUUAGCACGUUUGAGGAUCCACCGGUGAGCAGGUGCUCUGUUGGAGAUGAUGGUGAUGAUGGUGAGAUGGAUAUCGGUGUGGAUUUAAGUCUGGAUGAAAAUGGCGUUUUGGAGUUCGAGCCAACGGCUCAGACUCAAAAUGAGGAAAGUGCCUCUCAUUGUGAGAACUCCUUAACACCAGAAACUGUCAGAGAACUGCAUCCGCAGCAACCUUUGGAAGAACAUCCUGAAGAUGUGGCUUCAGAAACCGUCUCAGCGGCUGAGCCUCCAGACAGUGGAUCUGGGAGUAAGCAUGGGUCCAAAAAGGUGACCUUUCCGUCAGACGAAGACAUCAUCUCGGGUGCAGUUGAGCCGAAGGACCCUUGGAGACACGCCCAGAAUGUGACGGUGGAGGAGAUUCUCAAUGCCUACAGACAAGCAUGCCAGAAGCUCAACUGCAAACCAAUCCCUAAAGUGCUCAAACAGAUCCAGGACUUAAAAGACCUGACACAGCGAAACGAGUGCCUAGAUCUCAAAGGAGAGAAGCUGGACUAUAAAUCAUGUGAAUCUCUGGAGGAGAUCUUUAAGAGGGUGCAGUUUAAAGUGGUGGAUCUGGAACAGACAAACUUAGACGAGGAUGGAGCGUCUGCUUUGUUCGAUAUGAUAGAGUACUAUGAAUCCGCCACUCAUCUCAACAUCUCCAGCAACAAGCACAUCAGCACACGCGGCUGGCAGGCCGCCGCACACAUGAUGAGGAAGACGAGCUCGCUGCAGUACCUGGACGCCCGUAACUCCCCGCUGCUGGACCAUUCGGCUCCGUUCGUGGCCAGAGCUCUGCGGAUCAGCGGCAGUCUGACCGUCCUGCACCUGGAGAACACCUGCCUCUCAGGACGACCGCUCAUGCUGCUCGCCACAGCCCUAAAGAUGAACAUGAAUCUCAGAGAGCUGUAUUUGGCCGAAAACAAGCUGAACGGUCUGCAGGAUUCGGCUCAGUUGGGGAAUCUGCUGAAGUUCAACUACAACAUCCAGAAUCUGGACCUGAGACACAAUCACAUACUGGACUCAGGGUUGGCGUAUAUAUGUGAGGGUCUGAAGGAGCAGAGGAAGGGUUUGGUGACUCUGGUGCUCUGGAACAACCAGCUCACACACAGUGGCAUGGGAUACCUGGCCGCCGCUUUGCCGUUCACUCAGAGCUUGGAAACACUGAACCUCGGUCAUAACGCAGUGGGGAACGAAGGAGUGCACAAACUAAAAGACGGACUCAUAGCAAACCGCUCCAUCCUCAGGCUGGGUCUGGUCUCCACCAAACUCUCCUGUGAAGGAGCGGUGGCUAUCGCUGAAUUCAUCGCUGAGAGUCCGAGGAUCCUCCGGCUGGACAUGCGUGAGAAUGAGAUCAAGACCGGAGGCCUCAUGGCUCUCUCGCUCGCCUUUAAAGUCAACACAUCGCUGCUCCGACUCGACCUGGACCGAGAACCCAAGAAAGAGACGCUGAAGUGUUUCAUUGAGACACAACGCGCCCUGCUGUCAGACAUUCAGAACGGCUGCAAGAGGAACUUCAUCCUGGCCAAAGAGAAGGAAGAGACGGAGCAGAAGAUGAGGCAGUCAAUCUCAAUAGCCGAAAUCGCCAUGGAGGACCAGACUCAAGAGGAUGAAGAUGCAUCUGCUGAGAAAAGCGAGGAGGAAAACUCUGCCAAUCAGAGAGACGCAACCAAUGAGGGCAGUGCAUCUGAGAGCCAAGAGGACAAUGGUCAAAAACCGUCACUACAAGACGACUCUGACUCGGAUACAGAGGAUGAGGACGCAGCCGAGGAGCCGAAAGCUUCUGCGAACACCACAUCUCCCAUAGAGAUUCCUGCAAUAAACGCCUGUAAGGCCGUGCCCUCGGUAUCUCCUCUACCGGGAUCUCCAGUGACCGAAGCUAGCACUGUCCCCAAACCCCCAUCAUCUCCUAGCCGCUGCUUUGCAGUGUCUAGUCCCGGCAGAGGACACAAAAUCUUUAUGGUAACACGUGUGGAAAGCCCUCCAGAGCAGCAACAGAUGACCGUACUGGCGCAAGGCGUCAGCGAGAGGGCAGCAGAGAGCCAAACAUGCACACAGACUAAUAUAAAAGCACCUUUAGAUGCACCUUCACAACUGCCCGAGCAGAACCCAACAGCAUCUGAGCUCAGCACGUUAACAUCAGAAACAUCAGCUGCACCUGUUGAACCGCUCAACACGUCCAUGUCUUCACUUGCGGAUAAGCAGAAGAACCUGAAGGAGUCUCCAACUUCACAGGAACCUGCUACGCCGUUCGAAAGCCAGAAGGAAGCUGUCCUUGUGGAUCAGACUCAGUUAAAGCAACAGUUGACUGUAAAUGCAAACACACAAAAAACGCAAGAGACGCUAAAUGUAAGCAAGAAGGACCAGAGGUUCUGUUCUCACACCGAGUCUAGUCCCAUCCAAACAGGACAAUCCCAGGAUGAGACGCUAAGCCAAUGUCCAGAACAGCUGCAGGACGUUUGUCCAGUUGGUAACGGAGAGAAACCAGUGCAAUCUAGUGAGCAGCAACAGGUGGAGGUCACAGCAGGUCACGAAGCCCUCGAUGAGGAGGAAGCGGGAUCUCCUGACGAUGGUCAUCCCACUGGGAGCACAGGAGCAGUGCUGCCCAACGGACUGAAGACAGAAUUUGCCUUUCACCUGCUCGAACCCAAGGGACCCAAACCAGCCAGCUGUAUCAUGGAGCAUGUGAGCGUGACAGCAGAGCUGAGCUGCGGGCAGGAUUUAGAGGAGCUUCUCCUUGAAGCCAGUCUGGAUACCUGCAGAGAUGCCCCGUAAUGCUGUAACCAAGGAUCCACACACGCAGAGAGAAUCAGACGGGCCGGUUUGUUCUCGCCACAUGCCAUCCGCUUAUAUUCCUCGGGGCUUUUCCGCACAAGUGUUGCAAAAGAACAGAGAGGACUCUUCCAGUGUCCAGCUUUUAUUGAAUUAGAAGAAAUCUCUUCUGCCAUUUAAACGUUUGCUGUGAAGUUAUAUGUUCACAGUUACCAAAGACGCACACGCAGAGACACACACAUUUGCUAACCGGUGACUUUCUUCUGUUCCUCCCUGUUAUGCUGUGUGGUACAUCGCCCCCUGGUGGACUGGAGGUUAUAAUGCAGUACAGAGACUGGCUGGCUGG